AUGGCGUACGGCAGCAGGACAGUGACCAUCCAGCUGGUGGACGAAGAAGCUGAAGAUGGAGCUGGGGGCCCGAAGCUCUUCCGGGGCCAGAGAUUCGAGGCAAUCCGGGCAGCCUGCCUGGAUGCAGGGAUCCUGUUCCGAGACCCCUACUUCCUUGCUGGCCCUGAUGCACUUGGCUAUGACCAGCUGGGUCCAGACUCAGAGAAGGCCAAAGGGGUGGAAUGGAAGAGACCCCAAGAAUUUUGCUCUGAGCCCCAGUUCAUCUGUGAGGAUAUGAGUCGGACAGACGUGUGUCAGGGGAGCCUGGGUAACUGCUGGUUUCUGGCGGCGGCUGCCUCCCUCACUCUGUACCCUCGACUUCUAUACCGGGUGGUCCCCACUGGACAGAGUUUCCAAGAUGGCUACGCCGGUGUCUUCCACUUCCAGCUUUGGCAGUUUGGCCACUGGGUGGAUGUCGUGGUGGAUGACCGUCUGCCCGUGCGUGACGGGAAGCUGAUGUUCGUGCGGUCCAAACAGCGGAACGAAUUCUGGGCUCCACUACUGGAGAAGGCCUAUGCCAAGCUCCACGGCUCCUAUGAGGUGAUGCGUGGUGGCCACAUGAACGAGGCCUUCGUGGACUUCACUGGCGGCAUAGGCGAGGUGAUCUACUUGAGGAAGGACACCCCAGGCCUCUUCUUUGCUCUUCGCCAAGCCCUGGCCAAGGAGUCCCUUGUCGGUGCCACUGCUCUGAGUGAUCGGGGCGAAUAUCUUACGGAUGAUGGACUGGUGAAGGGACAUGCAUACUCAGUCACAGGCGUGCACAAGGUGUCUCUGGGCUUCACCAAGGUGCGGCUGCUGCGACUUCGGAAUCCAUGGGGCCGUGUCGAGUGGACAGGGGCCUGGAGUGACAGCUGCCCACGUUGGGAUGCAAUCCCUGCUGAGUGGCGAGAUACCCUGAUGGUGAAAAAGGAGGAUGGUGAGUUCUGGAUGGAGCUGCAGGAUUUCCUCCACCACUUCCACACGGUCCAGAUUUGCUCACUGAGCCCAGAGGUGCUGGGCCCCACACCUGCUGGGGGCGGCUGGCACAUCCACACUUUCCAAGGUCGCUGGGUUCGAGGCUUCAACUCUGGCGGGAGCCAACCUGGUGCUGAAACCUUCUGGACCAACCCUCAGUUUCGUCUGACGCUGUUGGAGCCAGAUGAGGAAGAGGAAGAUGAUGAUGAACAGGGGCCAUGGGGGGGUUGGGGGGCACCAGGGGCACGGGGCCUGGCGCGGGGAGGCCGCAUCCCCAAGUGCACUGUCCUCCUGUCCCUCAUCCAACGAAACCGGCGACAUCUGAGGGCCCGGGGCCUCACCUACCUCACUGUGGGCUUUCAUGUAUUCCAGAUCCCAGAGGAGCUACUGGGCCUCUGGGACUCUCCGUGCAGCCGCACGCUCCUGCCCAGAUUGCUGCAAGCCGACCGCUCGCGCUUUUGCCCGCGCCGCGAUGUGAGCCGCCGAUGCCGCCUGCCGCCCGGCCACUACCUAGUGGUCCCGAGCGCGGCCAACGCCGGCGACGAGGCCGACUUCACGCUGCGUAUCUUCUCCGAACGCAGCCACACGGCCGUGGAGAUCGAUGACGUCAUCAGUGCCGACCUGCAGGUCCUCAAGGCCCCCUAUGUGCCCCUGGAGCUAGGCUUGGAGCAGCUGUUUCAGGAGCUUGCCGGAGAGGAGGAAGAACUCGGUGCCUCCCAGCUCCAGGUCUUAAUAAGCAUUGCCCUGGAACCUGUCAGGGCCUACACCCGGACCCCUGGAGAGAUUGGGCUCAGGACCUGUGAGCAGCUGCUGCAGUGUUUUGGGCACGGGGGAAGCCUGACCCUGCACCACUUCCAGCAGCUCUGGGGCCGCCUCCAGGAGUGGCAGGCCACAUUUGACAAGUUCGAUGAGGAUGCCUCGGGAACCAUGAACUCCUAUGAGCUGAGGCUGGCGCUGAAGGCAGCAGGCUUUCAUCUCAACAACCAGCUGACCCAGGUCCUCACUAGCCGCUACAGAGACAGCCGUCUGCGUGUGGACUUGGAGCGCUUUGUAUCCUGUGCAGCCCAGCUCACCUGCAUCUUCCGUCACUGCAGCCGGUACCUAGAUGGGGGUGAGGGGGUUGUCUGCCUGACCCACAGACAGUGGAUGGAGGUGGCCACCUUCUCCUAG